AUGAGUACUGGCGACGCUGUCUGCACGGGCUGGCUAGUCAAGUCGCCUCCUGAGAGGAAGCUGCAGCGCUAUGCUUGGCGUAAGCGCUGGUUUGUCCUCAGGCAGGGUCGCAUGAGUGGCAAUCCUGAUGUCUUAGAGUACUACCGAAACAAGCACUCCAGGAAACCCAUCCGUGGGAUUGAUCUCAGUGAAUGUACUGUGUGGAAGCAUGCAGGCCCUGGUUUCAUUAGGAAGGAAUUUCAGAACAAUUUUGUGUUCAUUGUCAAGACCACUUCUCGAACAUUCUACCUAGUAGCCAAGACUGAGGAAGAAAUGCAGGUGUGGGUACACAGCAUCAGUCAAGUUUGCAAUUUCAGUCAUCUGGAAGAUGGUGCAGCAGAUUCCAUGGAGAGUCUCUCUCACAUGCCUUCCUCCCUCCAGCCAUCCCCUGCCAGUUCACUUAAUACCAUCAGUGUUGCCAACUCUGCCUUGCCAAAAGAUGACCGAAACACUAAUACUGUAGUCACCAAGGAAACCAGAAGUGAGUCAGAGUUUCUCUUCCUUCCUGAUUAUCUGAUUCUGUCCAACUGUGAGACUGGAAGACUGCACCAUGCCAGUCUUCCCACCAGAUGUGAUAACUGGUCAAAUUCAGACCACUCAUUGGCACAGAUUUCAUUUGAUGAUGUUUUUCUUGAUGGUCUACAGCCAUUUACUUCUAAUAAUUUGGUCCAUCCCUUGCACUAUGGGAAAGUAUCUCAGGAUUUUCCUUCCAUACGGUCCCAGACUUCUUUAAUCUGGAAUAGAGAAAUCAAUGGUCCAUCCAGGAACCCGGUGUCUUCUUCUCCAUUGCUGGAAUCUUCCUUAAACCCCACAGUUCAUGUAGAAGGAAAACAAGUUUCCUUACCCAGUGGGGUAAAAGAACUGAACAUUAUGUCUAACACGCCACCUCCUCGUCCUCCUAAGCCAAGUUAUCUCUAUGAACAGUGCCAAGAUCAGCCCAUGUUGACUGGGCACAGCAGUAACAAGAAGCCAGGGUACAUUAUGGUGCCAAGAAGAAUCUCCCUUUCUGGGUUAGACCAUGUGGGGUCCUGUAAAGGUGAUGUACAAAGCCAGUCCUUAAGACAACUAGAUAAGCGGCUCAGUUUAAAUCUGCCAUGUAAGUUUUCACCGAUGUAUCCCACAGCUUCACCUAGUGCUGAAGACAGCUAUGUGCCCAUGAGCCCCAAAGGCACUGCUUCUGAACUUAGACCCCACUACAGCCAAGAUGACUACAUUCCAAUGAGCUCAAGCAUGUUGCCUGAGUUACCUGCAGACUUGGAGCCACCCCCAGUGAACAGAAAUCUCAAGCCCCAGAGAAAAUCACGGCCACCUCCCUUGGACCUGAGAAACCUUUCCACCAUCCAAGAACACACAUCUCUGACCGGGACUCACACUGUGUCUUGCAAUCGAACCAGCUUUCUCUCUCCACAAAGAAAUGGUAUUAAUUCUGCAAGAUUUUUUGCCACUACUUCCAAAGAAGAAAAAGAAGAAGAAGAAGAAGAAGAAGAAGAAGAAGAAGAAGAAGAAGAAGAAGAAGAAGAAGAAGAAGAAGAAGAAGAAAUGGAGGAAUACAGAACAGUCAAUUCCCAGAGCAGCAGUGGUCUUACUUGGACAAAGAAAUUCAGCUUGGACUAUUUGGCCCUGGACUUCAAUUCAACAUCACCAGCCCCUGCGCAGCAGAAACUUCUCCUUUUGGAAGAGCAGAGAGUAGACUAUGUCCAAGUGGAUGAGCAGAAGACACAGGCGCUCCAGAGUACCAAGCAGGAAUGGACGGAUGAGAGGCAGUCCAAAGUGUGA